CUGCCGCUGAGCUGGCUGAGGAAAGGAGGAGUUUUGCUUUUAGGAGAGCGAGCCUAUCAUAUUUCACUCUAAUCCUAAGCGAUAGCCACGCAGUCGGUUUUAUUGUUAGAAGAGCCUUCCUGGAGCUCCUUCAGCAGGCUUUUCUCUAAGAGAGCAGGGCAGCCGGAAUGAGGCGGCAGAAGUGCAGCCGCUUUAUUGUCCCUCGUGAGCAGUGCCAUGCCAAGGCGUGAUCCCUGCCUGCUCUUCCUCCUCGUGGGCUGCUCCUGAUGAGCCAGAAGAGGACUGAAUUGCCUGCACGCUCCUGGGCAGCGAUGCCAGGGAGAAGAAUGGAGCUACAGUUUUUGCUGUUGAGUGGAGAAUGGGGGAAACACUUGCCUCGGUGCUAUGCUCUGCUCAGCCCUUACAUGCUCGGCUGAGCUGCUGCAAGGUGCCACUUUCUGCUUCUUUUCUCCCCUUUGUUUUCUUUGGCAGCUCCCUAAGUGCUGUAUCAAAACAGCUUCGGGGGAGCUGCGCUGGCACAGCCACCUACGUCCAUACUGGUGCUGGUCUAAAGGCAGCGAGGAGAAACCUGGACUGAAGUCGGAUUGAGUUUGUUCAGCCUCCCGCGAAAACCGCUGAGAAAGGGGACGGGAACAUUUUCAGAGAGGUCUCUUUGGAACUGACGCCAGUGGCUGGCUUGAAAGAAAAUGAAAAAGGAGUGUGUUUCGAGAUCUUUCAAACUCAAACAAAACCCAGGCUCCCUCUCGCGUGCUGUCAGCUGGAUAAAUUUCUCGUCCUUGUCAAGGCAGACAAAGAGAUUGUUUCGCAGCGAUGGGGAACUCUCCUCCAUGUGCGUGCAGCAGGUAGACGAGGACGACGAGACCUGGACAUACCGGAGCCAGCAGAGGAAAGCUGUUUCCAACCUAGAUGAAGAGAGUAGAUGGACUGUGCACUACACUGCUCCGUGGCAUCAGCAGGAAAAUGUCUUCCUACCCUCCUCAAGACCACCUUGUGUGGAGGACCUGCACAGACAAGCCAAGCUGAACCUCAAGUCAGUGCUGAGAGAGUGUGACAAGCUGCGGCGGGAUGGCUACCGGAGCUCGCAGUAUUACUCUCAGGGCCCCACCUUCUCCUCAUCCUCCAGUGCAAUCUGUGGAAGUUACCAGGAUGAUUAUGAAGAAAUUGAACAAAAGUGUCCUGUCUCUCCCCCUGAAGAAGAAAAGCUUAUUACCACCAUCAAAAGGCCUAAAAGUCCAGCUACAAAUGAGUUACCGGAUAUCAACACCCAAACCAACUGGACUAAGUCUCUUCCACUGCCAACGCCAGAAGAGAAAAUGCGACAACAAGCACAAGCCAUCCAAACAGAUGUGGUUCCUAUUAAUGUGACUGGGGAGAAUUUCGACCGCCAGGCCAGCAUUCGGCGGUCUCUAAUUUACACAGACACGGUGGUAAGACGGCCGAAGAAAGUCAAAAGGAGAAAGACUAUUACAGGAAUCCCUGACAACAUACAAAAGGAGCUAGCAGUUGGUACUGGCCAAAGUGAUUUCCGAGGGCAUUCCAUGUAUGUCCCAGAUCACUGUUCCACGCUAGGGAGACUAGACAGCUAUCGUUCUGCCAUGCAGCGCUCUGAAACCAAGGACACCAGCUGCCAGACAGAGGAAGUUAAAGUUGUGCCACCUUCAAUGAGAAGAAUACGAGCACAGAAAGGACAAGGCAUUGCAGCCCAGAUGUCUCAGUUCUCCAGCUCAUCUGGAAACAUGUCGGUGAUGAGUGAUUCUGCUGCAGUUAUAUUUGCUUCUCGCCAAAAUAGUGACAUGGGUUUUCACAGCUUGCCUCGGGUUGGUGCGAGAGUGUCUCUGCAGUCCCUAGAUCAGACACAGAGCAUGAUGUCGAGACAGACAGACGACAUUGCUGGCACUUUACCCCACCAGAUAAGUAAAUUGCAAGUGGAUGAUAGUGUUGUGCAUCUGAGGAGUAAUCCCACAAUAGGGACCCUGUCAAGACCAAAGUCCCAAGAGGUGAGAAGCUGUGACAGCGAGAAGUCCUCAAGCCCAGCAUGUGUGGUCUCUCCUCAUGCCACUUACUCAACAAGCAUCAUACCCAAUGCAACACUGUCAUCCUCCUCGGAAGUUAUCCUUAUUCAUGCUGCCCAGAGUGUUGGAUCAUUGGAUAGUAAAAUGUCAAGCUCCACUGCCUUUCCAAAUCCAAGAGACAAUCCUGCUGCCAGCAGUGCAGUAAGUGGGAAAGAAGAUCACCAUUCUUCAAGUGGUAACUGGAGUGAGAGUAGCUCCACACGUCACUCACAGACUUCAGAUACCAUCCCAUCUAACACUGUCAUGAUGCUUUCUCUCGGUGACUCCGCUGUCUCUCUAAGCACUCCUGGGAAUGCAGAGGCUGGGUCGCAGAGCAUGAGCUACAGCUGUAGGAACACCGCUGCUUUAGCAAGCCCUUCCCAGGACAGCGAUGGUCGGAGCGAAUCCAGCUAUUCUGGGGAGCGAGCACAGGCAGCAGUGAGUAGCACAGAGCACUGGUUGUACAAGUCUUCAGAGAGCAGUGAGACCCCUUCACGCAAGGUGGUUUGUACACCACCAGGCUGUGCCACGCCCCGUAGCAACCUGAGCAGCAGUAGCCUGGAGAGGACAUCAGUCAGGGAUGAUUCUGCUUCCCUGUAUUCUGUGGACCAUGAUGGCUAUUAUGGCUCCAUGCAUAUGGACUCUGGACUGAAGGCAGACAUGCCAUGCAACAGUACUAAUGGUUUUGAGAACCCCAGAGACAGCGUGAUAAAUGUCUUUGAAGGAAAGGAGAAGAAACUUCAGGAUGACCACUCAGGCCAAGGCGACAAAUCCCUUGCAAGAAACAUCUCACUGAAAAAGGCAAAGAAGCCACCUUUGCCGCCAUCCAGAACAGACUCACUCAGAAGGAUGCCUAAGAAAAAAGCCCAAUCCAAUGGACAGAUACUUGAUGAAACCCUCAUUGCCACUCUCCAGCAUUCUCUGCAGCUGAAUCUCAAGUGCAAAAAUGGCAGCUCCCCUUCCCAGAGCCCCUGCAGUGAUUAUGAGGAUCCCUGGGUGUUGCGCUCACGCAGCCAGAGCUCGGUCAGUGCGAGUAGCAGCAUGAUGUCCACCACUGCUCCAAACCUGUACUCCAUCUGCACAGUCACUCCUUCCCAGAGUGAAACAAGUAGCAUCAAGUCGGAGUAUGCUGACCAGUGGGGUUACUACAGCGACUAUGCUGCGGUGGCAGAUGACCAGGUGAAAUCUCCAGUGACCCAUUCUGCCAGUACUUCGUCUGCUCUCAGCGAUUACAGCAUCAGCCACUUCAGUGAUGGCUCAAGGGCUUCUGUGCCACAAGUGCCCAGUGGACUGGCCAAACCAAAGAGUACUUCUCCGGAGAAAUCCCACCGAGUCACAUCGCCAUCGAGUGGGUACUCCAGCCAGUCCAAUACACCCACUGCGCUUACUCCAGUGCCUGUACUUGUAAAGUCUGCAUCAUCAGGAAAUGGGAAAUCCAAGCUGAAGCCUAAAGUGCCUGAAAGGAAGUCCUCUCUUCUGUCAUCAGUCUCCAUGUCUUCGUCGUCCACUUCUCUUUCUUCAAAUACAUCUACUGAAGGGAGUGUGAGUGUGAAGAAACUGGACCCCGCCCUGAGCCCUCCUGUGGAUUCUGGUGCACCUCCUCCACCACCUCCUCUUCCAGCAUGUCAGCAUUGCCCUGAGCUUUCUCCUCCUUCUCCUCCUCCUCCAGCAGAAGUAAUGGAUCUGUCACCAUUGUCGACCUCUCCCACAUUCCCCCCUCCUCCGCCAGAAGCUGGUGUAAGUUCUACCUUUGCCCAGACUGUCCCAUGGUUUCCACAAGAAGCGUCCAUCAGUUCAUUCUCUUCCCCUGUUCCUACUCCUCCUUCUUUCCCCUUGGCUGUCCCACCACCAGCACCACCGCUUGAUCCCAAAAUAACAAAAGGUGCAGCAAUACACCCACAGUAUUCUUUUAAGAAACGCAACCAGGAGGAUUCUUGCUACAGUCCAGUGAAACAGCCACUCAACAGGCAAGAUUCAUCCAGACCUGUGAUGCCAUUAGUAACCACCAAAGCACUGCAAAUGGUGCAGUUGAGGUCUGUGAAAAAAUCGACAGAAGGUGAAUCAUCAACUGAAUCUGCUUCUGAAACCACCUCUCAGGAAAAGGGUACUGUAAAUUCAUCAUCACAGUCUUUGCUAAAGCCAUCUCUCUCACUAAAACUCAGUACCAACUUAGGUGAUGAGGAAACGAAAACUCAAGGCACCUCAUUUAAAAAUGCAGUUCAGACACUGUCUCGGGGUUCUCCUCUCAUUCUCUCUGAUAACACACCUGUACUUGACAGUGAUCAAAAGCCUAUGAGUGCAGUAGGUGCAAAGAAAUCUUCUGAAGAUGAUGCUCUGGGGUCAGCCACUGAUGACACACCUGAGUCCUCAGUGCAGAGUGAAGACUUCCCUUCUGGCAUGUCACUUCAGGGGUCACCAGCAUCUCCUGACAAGACUCAGGGUGUAUUGCCAAGCAAGAAACCACCUCCUAUUUCAAAGAAACCCAAACUGUUCCUUCUGGUACCACCUCCACAGUUAGACCUUACAGUGGAGAAAGCAGCUGAAGUGGGUGAUACUGCCAGAAGCCCAACUAAGAGAGACGCUGUGCUUGCACCCUCUGAGGAGGCGAGAAAUUGUCUUACAGAUGGACUCGGUUCUAGCGAGAUGGACUCUGGCAGCCUGGUUCCUGAGGGAGGAGCUGCUGGAUUCACCUUCUCUGAGACAGUGGGAGCGAAUGCCUUUGUGGUACAGCCUGCUGCAUCACCAGUUCAAGAGGAACCCAGGCAGGAGGAGCAGUCUGCUUUUGAUGAAGGAAGCAGUUCAGGCAGCAGCCAAGACAGUGGCAGUAACACUGACGGGCACGCAUCUCAAGAGAACGAAAGUGUGGAGGUGUUUGAAUCAGACACAGCCAGUACUUCAUUCCUGCCAAGCAGUAGUUAUGGGGAAGAGACAGACGGAGUGGCAACACCAGCAAGACCAAGGACUACUGAGGAUCUUUUUGCAGCCAUUCACAGAUCCAAAAGGAAAGUCCUUGGCCGUAAAGAUUCUGAAGAUGACCGUACCCGCAACCAUUCUCCGUCGCCCCCCGUAACUCCCACUGGUGCUUCCCCAAACCUAGCUACCCUCAAACAAGCUGGAUCUAUCCAGAGAAGCAUUCGCAAGAGCAGCACCAGCAAUGACAACUUCAAAGCCCUGCUGCUGAAGAAAGGGAGUCGCUGUGACACCAGUUCCCGUAUGUCCGCAGCAGAGAUGUUGAAGAACACGGACCCGCGGUUCCACCGGCCAAAGACGGACGCCCCCCCGGACCUUUCCGACAGCCCUGCCAGCUGCUCGCCCAGCAAGAGCAAACGGGCCCAGGAGGAGUGGGCCAAGAGUGAGGGCCUGAUGCCAAGGAGCAUGUCGUUCUCUGGCACAAGGUAUGGCCGGUCACGGACACCCCCGUCUGCUGCCAGCAGCAAGUACAACGUCCGCAACCGCAUCCAGAGCAGCCCCAUGACUGUCAUUAGUGAAGGAGAUGGGGAAGUGGUGGAACAGUCCGAGGGCAGGGUCCGGAGGACUUUGGAAGAGCAGCAAGAGGGGCAGCUUGAUAUGUUUAACAGUGAUGAAAUGGACGUGAAUGACUUCCCGUAUGCUGAGGAGGCAGGCUGCAAGGAGACCUUGGAUCCAGCCCAUGUAGACUUAAUGACUCAACCAGGUGCUUCAAGGAAGUAUCUAAACUCUUCAGCUGAAGAAAGUUAAAAGGCAGUGUGACAAAAGGCUUUGGAUAUUAGUCUAGAAAAUCACAGGGACUAGAUUCCAGAAGAAAGCCCAGACCAGGACAAGGUUACUUUGCUGAGCAUUUAUUCCACGAACUGUAUGUGUGUGUUUAAAUGCUAAAGCGAUGAUGGUUCUGCAUGGUUGGGUUGGGGUGGGGAGCACUUGCUUUGAAUGAGUGGUCUGUGGCUUGAAGAAUGUUAACAGUUGAAUUUUUUGUGUAAAGCCUUAGAAGUCCUUUUGUGGGGUGGGGUGGGGAAGUUUUCUCAGAGUCUGUAGGGGUGUGAAGUUUUUCUUUUUCUUGAGACUGCAAUUGUGCAAGCAAAAUUUAGGAAUAAGCCUGAAAUGGGAAGGCUCCUGUGGUACAAGCUGGAGGUUUGGUUCAAAAGCAUUGUAGUGAUGCAGCAUAGUGCAUUAGUUAAGCAGAGGGAGGCACAAUGAGGCACAUUCACCUCUGAGAGAAGGUAGCAGGGUUGGUGCUGGGGUUACAUGGCUCCUUAGAGGGGCAUGGCCCAGCGUUUGAUGAAGUGUGUCCUGCUUGAGCAGUGAGCUCACCAGGUUAUGGAUUGGUCCAGGGUACUGUACUUUUAAUUCUUUUUCCUGAGGGAAAAUGAACUAUGUAGUUAAGGUGGAAAAGGGAGCUGAUUUUAUAACACACUACUAGCUGCUAUGCAGCCACACACCUUCACUUGGUGAAACACAUAUUUCCAGGUGAAUUGCUUCCUUGACUGGAGUAUUCCCUUAGAGAACUAGAAUAGCUGGAUGUGUGUGGAGGGUGCAAGCAGACAUCAGGAAAGUGGGAGAUGAAUGAAGCCAGAAUUUGGAAGGGUUACUGUCAUGGUUUAGGAACGGUAGUCCCCAAUUUAGUGUUCCCACCAAAACACUCCAAACCAUGUACCCUUUCACUCAUUCCCCUCUCCUCUUACCUCUGCGGGUGGCUGGGGAGGAGAACUGGAGGCACAAAAGGUGAAGGAUGGGGGCUGAUAAAAGAAAAAUUUACUGGAAACAGCAGUGAAGUAAGAAAAUGGGCAGUAACAUCAACAAGACUUAGAGUGUACACGAAAAAGGUGAAUGGCUCACAGGUGACAGAACCUGUUAAGGUGUGACCUGCUGCCCCUCUUCCUUGUUCCCAGCAGUGUUGUGAGGUGGUGUAGAACAACCUCUGUGUCCUGGCCACAGUCCCUCCUGGCUGCUGCAGAAAAUGAACCCUGUCCUGGCCGGAACCAGGACGGCUGUGUUUCUGAAUUAGAAAGAGAAAUUUGACUUGCACUACAAAGCUGUAGGUGGAGCCGGUCUUUCAAAACUGAAACUUGGGAAUUGUGUUUUGCUGGAAAUCUGUCUUUCAUUUGUCAGAAUGGGGAGACUAUUACUUUGCAUCACUUGAAAUACAGAUACUUGCUAACUUUUUGUUACCAAAGAAUAAGUUUCAGUUACUUUCCUUUUUGAUUUGCCUGCAGUAUUGCUCUUCUUUUUUAACCUUAAUAAUUUAGUGAGGUUCGUUUUUAUUGUAUAUUUUACAGAUAAUAAGAACAUUUAACGUUUUUCCAAUUGUAAAGAAGACAUUAAUUAAAACUGAAAUAUUGGCUGGAGUUUUUGGUUCUUGGUAGGAAUGAAGCUUUUAAUUUUUAAUACGAAUUUUGCAUCAUUUGAUGGCAUGCGCAGUUUUUGUAUUGUUUGUAAAUAUUGAAAGUUGUUAAAAUAUCUUUUGAUCUCCUUACCGUAGAAUUUUUACAUUUUUAGAUUGCUUUUAAGAAGAAAAAGCACUCUUUGUAGAUUAUUUAUUUUAGAGAAAUAUGCUUGUAAUCUCUUUCUUCAAUCCUUUACUUGUUAGUUAUGUAAAUUUCAGGGGCCUUCGUUUAACUCUUCCCUUCACAAGAGGGGAAUAGUGCUGAAAAUGCUGUGACUUCGCUUCAAUAAAGUAAAAGCCUGCCAGUUGCCAUAUUGUCUUUUGAGUCGAUUAAAAUCUCCUUCAAAAGAUGUGUCCCACAGUGUAUGGCAACCCACUGAAUGCCAUCAUCCAUGCAUCCAGCUACUAAUUUCCAGUUUUCAUUGCAAAAUUUACUAAUUCACAUUAGACACAACUAAAGUGUACUCACACAUCCAUCCCAUUUUGGUAUCUCAGUUUUGAGACUAAAAAAAUUUAAAUAAUCCUAAGAAUUUUCCAGUAUUGUGUGGAUGUUUCUAUUACUUCUGUACUACUUGCAACCUGUCCCAGAAAACUAAAACUCUUGGAGAACCAGAUUAUAAGCAGAGUGAGUGCGAAGUGAAAUGGACAAGUUGAAUCUAGCUGCACUCAGUGGAACGAGGGUGGUAUCAACUGGUGCGCAGCAAACUUUCUACCAUUUUCAUAUGAUAACUAUAUUGAAAGAACCAUUCAAUUUUUAAAAAUUAAAAUAAACCCUAAUUGGAUAAAG